GCGCGAUUAGUCAAAGUCACACCUGACGAAGAAACGCCCAUACCUUAAUUAGUGCCGCUCAUGGUGCCUGACUAAGGUAUCACGUGUAAGCUAAGAUGAUGGCGGGUGCGCCGCCCGAUAAGAUAGUGGACUGAGCAGGGGAAUUAUCAGGGUCGUCUGCUACCCCCAUCCAGAGAGCAGCUCACCAUCAAAGAAACAAUCGGUUUGAGGGUUAAUCUGCUCACUGCAUGACGAAGCCGCCUUACGAUAUUGUUCAUUUCAUCUGCACGGUCACACCCAUUCUCUACGAGGACAGAUCAAUCAGCCAGCGCGCCUGACCUGAAUGACCCCGUAAUCCGACGAUACCCUCCAUCAUAGUAUACGCCGCCAGAUCAUGCGCCUCGACAUCUAGCUAGCUCGCCAUCAUGACUUCGAGUCGCCGAGGGCAGUCCCCCCUUACUAUAUCUCUCCCGCCAGCCGGGAGUUCCAGCCACCUGCCCGAACUCCCCCCAAUCGACGCUCUGUUUCUCAUAGACUUUGAUGUGAAGAAAGGCUACACGAUCGCCUGGCAGCAGACUGCGCCAGGUGUCAAUGUCGAUGGACGAGUCGAAUACAAAUCUCUUCCUUCGGGGCUACAUACUGUCUCGGAGGACCUCAUCUACUUUGUGCACGAGGGCGCGCAUGCAGGUCUCAGCGCCUUUGUCAAUGUGCCCUGUGAAGAGGAAGAGUCGAGGCAUGCGCGCAUGAUUGCCGUUGGAGUGCUGGUGCCCUUGAGUUACGGACGAUUGGGACGCGCUUGGAGACAUGCACAAGGACUGAAGGAUCUGGCCAACGAGUUGGCCAAGGAUCGCACCAACACAGAAUUGCUCGACACCUACUGGAAAUCGAACAAGCUUGACAAAGACGACCCGAAGCCCCCGGCCACAUCUGGGGAGACGCCAGUCGUGACACCCGCUGUUACAUUCUCCGAACCUAACGAGCAACCCCAGAGGAAGGGUCACUACAGAAACCGCUCAGGCUCAGAUAGAACGUCUCUCGCCCCAGCGGAGCACAGGCUAUCGCCGUAUCACCCAGCCUGGAGACUGACGAGCUUGUUAGACAAGUUUGGGCCGUUGAUCUUCCCAAUUCACAGAGCCGCGUUGCUAAGGCAGCGCAUUCUCAUUUCUUGCCAUACACCUGUUCAAGAGAUCUGCGACUUUGUGUACAAUCUGUCCAUUCUCUCCAACGUCCCGCUAUCUCUCACUAAUAUCCUCCCCGAGCACUCGCCUACGCAACGAUUGAGGCCUCUUUUCACCAUUGGCGUGCACGAUAUCCCUUUCCUGACAGAAGAUUAUGAAGCUUUGAAACGACGAGGGCAACGUGAGAAUGCCAUUGACGAUGACUUGGACGACGAGACUGGAACUGGCUGGGUAGCCUGCACGACCGACUCUAUCCUAGCGAUGAAAGACACGCUCUGGGACAUGCUCAUCACCAUGCCCCCCGAACACUCGAGCCACGCCAAGGAUAAGGUGUGGCCUACAGUCGAGUGCCCUAAGGGGGUGCCCAUUCGCGCCACCCAGCGUGAUCUACGUCGCUUCAACACCCUACGUGCCGGCCUCUUCCAGCUCGCCGACACCCCAUCGUCCCCCAACGGAGUGCGUGCGUCGACGAGCCACUCCAACCGCUCAGCUUGGCACUUUGACCACGCCGACGACUCGUUCGACAAGGUCAUUGAACCACUCAGCUGGGCUGCUCUCGCCUACAACGGCUACAUGUGGUGGGCUUCGGCCGGCGAGCAACUCCAUUCCGAGGAGCAGGAAGAGACCUCCCGCGACACCGCACUACUCGCCGACCUCACGCCGCACACGCCCACUAUGACGAUGCCCACGUCUCGCUCAGAUCCCACGUACGAGUCACUAGCCUCCCUGGCUGCCCUGCGUCACCAGAAGUCGACGCUGUCCGCUGAGGCGGACGAAGCUCGUGUGGAGCUGGCCAUCGUUGCCUAUUUUCACCGCCUCACAACGCAGAUGCUCUCCGUCAUGUCUGACAUUAUUGAAGACGUGGACGAGGCGUACCCCGACAACGAGCACAACGGCACUCCUACAGAGGAGGGCGACGCGCUCCUCGAUGACAGUCAUCCGCAGCCCCGUGCUGUCAUGGUGGACAGUCGAUCAGUCGAAAACAUGGGAUUGGAUGUGUGGAGUGAUGCUGAUGCGGCGUUUGUCAAGGACUUGAUGAGGGUGUAUUUCGACCGGCUGGCCAAAGUGGAAGGCAAGGGUGUCGAGGUGUGUGGAGUGCGGGUGUGCUAGAUGCAUGCUUUAUAUACAGCCCUCGUGCAUACGUCGUCUCUGUUGCGAGGGUAAUGUGGUGGUAAUAGGCCGUCUACGAGCGAGGUUUAUCAGUGUACAUACGGCAUAG